GAACUCAUAUAAUCAGUAAGCGAGUAAUUUGAGUUCGGACCGAACGUACAAUGAAGUUGUCAUGUCUACAUUUUAUUUUAACUCUUUGUUAUGUGAACGCGUACAAAGUUUUACUGUUUUUCCCGUUUCCUAUAAGAAGCAUGGGGAUUUUAGGUGAAGGAUUUGUGAAACACCUCACUGAUGCUGGACAUGAGGUGACAUAUGUUACUUCGGUAGUCACCAAGCGGGACUAUGGCAAGAAUUUCCGACAAAUUGAUGUAAGCAAAAACUUCGCCAUGAUGGGAGAUGACCCAAUGAUGAACAUCACUGUGGUAAUGACUGCAGGAAUAGAAAUGAAUGAUCGUAAAAUGUUGCAGGAGUUUGCUUAUAUAUCUGCCGACCAGACGUUCAAAUAUGAUAAUGUGAGGAAUUUCUUAGAGGAUACGAGUGAGAAAUUCGAUGUUGUGAUUGCGGAUUUAUACGAAACGGAAGUUUAUGCUGGAUUAUCGGUUCUAUACGACUGUCCCAUGAUAUGGAGUUACUCCAUGGGCGCUCACUGGCAGGUUCUUCGUUUGAUCGAUGAACGAUCAAACCCAUCCUAUACAUCUGACUAUUUGUCUGGUAAUAUAGCCCCGUUGAGUUUCCAGCAAAGGCUGCAAGAGCUAUGGGCUCAGAUCGAGGGUAGUUGGUCCAAAAGUUCUCAUCUACAACCAAAGGAAGAAAAACUUUAUGAAGAUAUCUUCAGGCCACUUCUAAAUAAGCGUGGCAGAACAUUACCAGAUUACCAGGAAGUAUUAUAUAAUUCAUCAUUCAUAUUCGCUAAUGAGCACCAUGCAUUUGGUACAGUGCCGAGUAUACCACUGAAUUUCAAGUUAAUCGGAGGACUACAUAUAGACUCGCCGAUUAAACCAUUGCCUCAGGAUCUACAGUCUCUUAUGGACAAGUCAACAAAUGGAGUAAUAUACUUCAGCAUGGGCUCAACUUGGCAAAGUAAAUAUAUUCCCAAGCAAGUGACUGAAGCUUUACUCAAAACAUUUUCAGAGUUCAAACAAACUGUCAUUUGGAAGUAUGAAGCGGAAUUGGCAAAUCUGCCAAAGAACGUUCAUAUAUUGAAAUGGGCUCCACAGCCUAGUAUAUUAGCUCACCCUAACUGCAAAAUAUUCAUAUCGCACGGAGGUCAACUUUCUUCGACUGAAGCCAUCCAUUUUGGUGUGGCUACCAUUGGGGUUCCUAUAUUUUUUGACCAGUUUGUCAACAUCAAAAAGGCUGUGAAUAAAGGAUAUGCGAUCAAAGUACCCCUUACAUUCAAUUUGGCUGAAGAUCUUAAAGUUGCCAUCGAAACUAUGCUGGCUGAUCCAAGUUACAACCUUCGAGCUAAGGAAUUAUCAGCAAUUUACCACGAUAGACCUGUCUCUCCAGCUAAAGAACUAGUACAUUGGGUGGAACAUGUGGUCAAAACUGGUGGUGCCAUGCAUCUGCGUUCCCCAUCAGUCUAUGUAAAGUGGUAUCAGAAGAUUUACCUGGAUUUUGUUGCAUUGGUGUCAGCUGUUGUUGGUUUGUUAGCGUAUAUUUUAAAAGCACUUACAAGUAACCUGAAAAAGGCUAAGAAGGUGAAGAAAAACUGAUAUUUGAUGACCAUUAAGAACCUAUUUCAGCAAAUAUUCUCAUAACAAUUAUGGAGAGAAGCCCAGCCUUUGAUUACGAUCUUGGAUAGGUUAGUAAAGUCAAGUUUUUACUUGAAAUUACUCACACGUGCAAAUCCAAUUCAAGGCGAUAGUAUACAGAUAAUAUUUAAAGAAAAAGUUCCAACAAAAUUAUAUCCCUAAUUUGGCAGUAUUUCGCUAACGCGGUGCCAGAAUCAGUAGCGGACUAAAUGUGGUUCUAUAUAAAAGUGAAGAUAUAAAGAUGAAAUAAGAGUAAGUUUUUAAUUUAUAAUUGAAUCACAUUUCAAUAUUUACUAAUUUUAUAAAUGCGAAAAUCUGUCUGUCUGUUCAGCUUUCACAGCUAAGCAGCUGGAUCGAUUGGAAUGAAAUUCGGUAUAAAUAUAGUUAAAACCCGUGUUCUCACAUAGAAUACUUUAAAAAACUCUAAAAUUCUUAAAUGGGUGGUGAAAGUUCGUAUGAAAAUCAAUAAUGCUACCAAACUUCGCACGGUUGUGCGAAGCCGGGGCGGGUCUUUAGUAUUUUAAUAAAAUACAAAUAAAACUUGCAAAGUACAUGCAAUUUUACAGUCAAAGCGAGCACAUUCACCCGUGUAUUUGAAAUUGCAUUUUUCAUAUGAGAAGGAACAAUCCGCCUACGGUAUUCACAGGUGACGGUUGUUAUAUAAAAGCCAAGUCAGAGCUACUCGCAGGUAAGCAGAUAGACGCGAUUUAUGUAUUUCAUAUCCCCUACCAUGUGAACUUCAUAUUAUGACACACACACAGAUUAUAAACUUACAAAUUUAUUUGUAGUACUCAAUAGGAAAAUAGAGUGAGUGGGUGAGUCAGGUCAGGCGAGUCGUGGCAUGUUAGCGCCACUGGACAAAAUACCUGACUCACAUAACACACACAUGCAAUACAUUAUUUAAGGAACUAAUAAACUUGCCUAAGUUUUAUGCCCUGUAGUUCCGGCACUUAAAAUAGGACCAUUUCAUCACUUUCCUGUUUCGUUUACGUUUACUCUAUAACGUUUCACUCAUACUUUUCUCACCACACUAAUCGAAAACCCUUAGUAGGAGCUGCUCACUUUACUAUUCUGAUAACGAGGUGAGCCACUCCUCUUUACAACUCACAGCUUUUACCUGCGGAUAAUUCAAACACUUAACGCGAAAUGAAGCUAAGAGAUUAGCGGCUUUAAUGGACACCCCAAUUUAGUGAAUCGCUUUAGAGGCGUUGAAAUAUUUUAGCAGACAUUAUGAUAUGAGAUAGCUUAUAUUGGGCGGUUGAACAGUCAAGGUACACUCAUUUGAAAAAUACACGAAUUAACACACAGGCUCAAAAUCUAUCAUGAUGUGACGACAUCACUAACGUCACAUGCCAUCAACCAAUGACAGCGAAGAUUCGUAAUAACGCAAGCAAAGAUUUCACGGAUUGGAGCAUAAUAAAUACAAUUUCCUCAAUAUGGUUAGAGUCGGAGUUCCCAAGACAGAACACUUAGCUCGGCGGAAGAUCUUCCCAGGCUCAAUUUAUUGCGAGAGAAGUUGAAUGUCAUAUAAUACGUACAAACAUAUAAUCACGGCCAUAUCCCUUCCGGGUUUGACAGUCUUAAUUUUAGACAUUAUCGCCAUGAUAUUGAAAAUAGCAUGCGAAUAACCGCGGCUUCGCGAGCAUUCUAUCGGCGUCGGCGCAAUGUCGUUAGUUAUAUCAAAUUUUAAUUUUAUAGUUUAGUACUAUAAAUACAAAUUCCAAUGCAGUCAGAGCAACAAAGUGUUAUAAUAUAAUGACGAUAUUUUUAUAUUUCAUUUUCCGUCACGUCCAUUUCAAAUGUAUUGCCUUCAACCCAAAAGGGGCCGUGACACUCAUAAAAUUCACGUCCUUUUAAUAUUAGUUUAGACCCUGCGAUAUGUAAAUGAUAACAGGGUUUGGUCCAAUGGGGAAAAAUGACAAAUUCAGCUUGUUUUGUGCUCAGUCGUGUAAGAAAUCAGAAAAUCGAAAUUCCUUUCAUGUUAGGGUCUUUGUUAAAUGAGCUAUGAAUACAGAAGAUUAUACGGGCACACUGUCACACCGUUCAGAUUUUAAUUUAAAUAAUAAUUAAAAAAAUAUUUUAUUA